AACGGCAAAGACUUAUCCAGAGCGACCCAUGACCAGGCUGUGGAAGCUUUCAAGACAGCCAAGGAGCCCAUCGUGGUACAGGUGUUGAGGAGAACAGCAAGGACCAAAAUGUUCACACCUCCUUCAGAGUCGCAGUUGGUGGACACAGGAACCCAAACCGACAUCACCUUUGAACACAUCAUGGCCCUCACUAAGAUGUCCUCUCCCAGCCCGCCCGUGCUCGAUCCCUACCUCUUGCCAGAGGAGCAUCCUUCAGCCCAUGAAUACUACGAUCCAAAUGACUACAUUGGGGACAUCCAUCAGGAGAUGGACAGGGAGGAGCUGGAGCUGGAGGAAGUGGACCUCUACAGAAUGAACAGUCAGGACAAGCUGGGCCUCACCGUGUGCUACCGCACGGACGAUGAAGAUGACAUCGGGAUUUACAUUAGUGAGAUUGACCCUAACAGCAUUGCAGCCAAGGAUGGGCGCAUCCGAGAAGGAGACCGCAUUAUCCAGAUUAAUGGGAUAGAGGUACAGAACCGUGAAGAGGCUGUGGCUCUUCUAACCAGCGAAGAAAAUAAGAACUUUUCAUUGUUGAUUGCAAGGCCUGAACUCCAGCUGGAUGAAGGUUGGAUGGAUGAUGACAGGAACGACUUUCUGGACGAGCUGCACAUGGACAUGCUUGAGGAGCAGCACCACCAGGCCAUGCAGUUCACAGCCAGCGUGCUCCAGCAGAAGAAGCAUGAGGAAGACGGUGGGACCACAGACACAGCCACCAUCCUGUCCAACCAGCAUGAGAAGGACAGCGGCGUGGGGCGAACCGACGAGAGCACCCGCAACGAAGAGAGCUCGGAGCAGGAGAACAACGGCGAUGACGCCACCGCGGCCUCCAACCCGCUGGCGGGGCAGAGGAAGCUCACCUGCAGCCAGGACACCCUGGGCAGCGGCGACCUGCCCUUCAGCAACGAGUCCUUCAUUUCGGCUGACUGCACCGACGCUGACUACCUGGGGAUCCCGGUGGACGAGUGCGAGCGCUUCCGCGAGCUCCUAGAGCUCAAGUGCCAGGUGAAGAGCGCCAGCCCCUACAGCCUGUAUUACCCCAGCAGCCCCCUGGACGCGGCCGGCAAGAGCGACCCCGAGAGCGUGGACAAGGAGCUGGAGCUGCUGAACGAGGAGCUGCGCAGCAUCGAGCUGGAGUGCCUGAGCAUCGUGCGUGCCCACAAGCUGCAGCAGCUCAAGGAGCAGUACCGCGAGCCCUGGCUGCUGCACCACGGUGGCUUCCGCAACUACAACACCAGCGUGGACGUGCGCAGGCACGAGCUCUCCGACAUCACCGAGCUCCCCGAGAAGUCGGACAAGGACAGCUCGAGCGCCUACAACACGGGCGAGAGCUGCCGCAGCACCCCGCUCACGCUGGAGAUCUCCCCCGACAACUCCCUGCGCAGACUGGCCGAGGGCGCUGGCUGUCUGGGCAGCGAAGGGGCCGUGGGGACCGGGGAAGCUGACGGCCCGUCCCCGAAGAAUCUGCUCGCCAUCACGGAAGAUCCCGAAGGAGGCCCCCCGAACUACAGCCCCUCCGCCAAGGAGCUGGACCCCGGCCAGCCCCUCGACAGCAAGGAGAGGAGGCCCAGCGAUGGCAGCAGGAGCCCCGCGCCCAGCCCCAAGCUGGGCGGCGCCUACCUGCCCUCCCUCCACCACUCCCCGUACAAGCACGCACACAUCCCGGCGCACGCGCAGCAUUACCAGAGCUACAUGCAGCUGAUCCAGCAGAAGUCGGCCGUGGAGUACGCGCAGAGCCAGAUGAGCCUGGUGAGCAUGUGCAAGGACCUGAACGCCGCCUCCGCGGCCGAGCCGAGGCUGGAGUGGAAGGUGAAGGUGCGCAGCGACGGCACGCGCUACAUCACCAAGAGGCCGGUGCGCGACCGGCUGCUGCGGGAGCGUGCCCUCAAGAUCCGCGAGGAGCGCAGCGGCAUGACCACCGACGACGACGCCGCGAGCGAGCUGAAGAUGGGCCGCUACUGGAGCAAGGAGGAGCGCAAGCAGCACCUGGUCAAGGCCAAGGAGCAGCGGCGCCGGCGCGAGUUCAUGAUGCAGAGCAGGCUGGACUGUCUGCGGGAGCAGCAGGGCGCCGACGACAGGAAGGAGAUGAACAUCCUCCAACUGAGCCACAAAAAGAUGAUGAAGAAGAGGAACAAAAAGAUCUUUGAUAACUGGAUGACGAUCCAGGAACUCCUAACCCACGGCACAAAAUCACCAGACGGCACUAGAGUAUACAAUGCGUUCUUGUCGGUGACUACUGUAUAAUUUACACCUCUGCGAUAUGUACAUAAGAGAGACCACUACCAUUGGGGUAGAAAUCCCUGCCUCGUUCAAUGCGGCAAGUUUUUGUAUAUACGAUAAAUACGGUCUUCGUGUUUAUAGUCAAAUUUGCAAACCCUACAAUUCUGGGUGUCAUAGCUCUAUUUUAAGUGGAGGGAAGAAAAAAAAAAAAAAACACCCUUACUAUCUUGGAAGGCAAUAUUAACAAACAGCUUUUUACAAAUAGCAAUUGUACUUUUUUACUUGUUACCUUUUACAUAAAGUUUAAAUUUCAAAAAGAUCUUUUAUUAAGCAUACUUUCAAGGAAUAAUUUGUUUAAACUAUAUCCAUAUAAAAAAGUUAAACACGCUUUUUUUCCCUGCUUAAAACACACAUACAACAGCCAGUUUGUAUUUUUAAUGGAACCCUAUUUUAUAACGGUACUUUGCUAAAUGUGUUUCAUAUAAGUGAUCUUUAAUAUAUUAUUUAGGUCAAGGUUUCAACUCAAAACCACCAAACUCUGUGGUUAACGAUUUAAUGCACAUAACCAAGCCUGCAAUGUUUAGAGUUGGGAUAUAUAUUUAAACAUUCUUCUGGUUAAGGUUCCAAAGAGAGUGUAAAGGUUUUAACAGAAAGCAAAAUAUCACGCAGCUUUAUGGAAGGUUAAAGCAUGUUUGCAAAUAUUGCAGCCCAUCUGAAGAAUGCGCAUGUACAGGAAAGUUGUAGAUGGAGACAGUUUGUGAAGUUUUAAGUGCUCAUUGUAGUAAACCUUUGCUUUGUAGAUUUGAAGGUACAGACUUACACAAACAAGCUCAUGAAAUCAUGAUUAGUUACAAACAUUAAGUAAAAUGAAGUUAAAAUAAAUUAUUAUUUUCUAUUUGAUAUGUUUUGACGUGAUUCCUCAUUUUGCAGUGGUGCCCAUAAAAUAAAAACCUUUUGCAGUGUU